AGAUGAGAAGAUGAAGAGGGGGUGGAGGUAACAAAAUGGGGCACAAGAGUGAAUGGAGGUUAGAGGAGAGAGAAACUGGUCUGGAUAAAGAUGAAGAUGAAGGAGGUUGGAGAAGGAUGAAGAGAUGAAGAGAUGAAGAGAGAGAAACGAUAAGUUGUUUUGCGUUUUUAUUUUGUGUCUUCUUUAUUUGUUGCUUGUACCGUUUGAUAACCCAUCAGUUUGGAUCAACAUUGUGAGGGAGAGUGAAUCACCAAUAUCAACACGUCCAUCUUGAUCAUUAAUUAUUUUCACAAAUAUUUCAUCUUCUCAUCCUGACCAGUCAAAGUCAAUGUUCAUUAUCCACUCAUCUCUCUUCUUUACCUGUUAACCUUUUCUUUGCAUCUUUUGUUUUCGCCCUUCAACCUCUUCUCCUAAGUACUGACUAUGGUCUGUCUCAGUGAUUCACCUUUAUCGGCAAAUUCAUUUGAAAAAGUUUACUUCGAUUGUCUGAUUUUUGGGAAAAAUUGAAAUCAACUUUCAUCAACAAAUAUUGACUGUUCAACGUUAAGUUUCAAGUUCAGGAUUUUUCUCAACUUUUUAUUCCUUUUCUGGUUCCAUUGUAAAGAUUGAAGAUGACAAAUAAUUUGACUGGCAAUCGAGCUCUUCGAAUCGCCAUUCUUGGAAGUUCACAGUCGGGAAAAUCAGCUGUAACAGUCCGCUAUUUGACCAAACGAUUUAUUGGUGAAUACAGUUCAAGUAAAGACUUCUUUUACCACCAUUCACUGACUGUUGAUGAUGUUAAAACUGACGUUGAAAUAAUGGACACUUCAAGUUGCAAGUGCAUCUAUGACCAUAUUGCCUGGGCUGAUGCAUUUGUUGUUGUCUAUUCAAUAUGUGAUAAAGAUAGUUUCCAUGAAGCUCGUCAGCUUUUACAAACAAUUGCCAUGUACAAAGGAGCCAGACGAUUGCCCAUCAUUUUACUUGGAAAUAAAAGAGACUUGGAACACAAUCGUGAAGUGGCAGUAGACGAUGGUCAAGAGUUGUCUCUUCUGUGGCAGUGCCAAUUCUAUGAAGUAUCGGCAGCAGAGAGUUACAUUGGCGUUUCCUUGGCAUUUCAAAGUUUGAUUCGUGAAGCAAAGCCUUCUGCUUUAUUGAAAACAUUACCACCAAUGAGAAGGAAAACGAGUCCAGCAAUGAUUGGAAAGAUGAUUGGCAUUGUUUUUGGCAAAACUGGAUCAAAGUCUUCUCGGAAUGGCAAAAAAAGGCCUUCACUUUCCAUUUAAUUUCCAUUAAUUUUGUAACAAAUAUAUUCUUUGUAAUAUAUUUCUUUGUAUUGUAAAAAUUGAUCAAAGGUGCAUCUAUCCAUUUAAUUUUAUUCCAACGCUCUAUUCCUUUGUAUAUAAAAUUUAAAAUGAAAUUCAAUUUUUUUAAAAUCAGUGUAAAUACAUGAAGAUGAAAUAUCAGUAAAUUGAAAUAGAUAUUCUGGCCUUA